UUCCUUCUGAAGUCCCGCCCUUUUGUCUGUCCCCAAUGGAGAAUAAGCUGUUACUCAAAAGGAGGCGACAAAAGCCUCAACGUGGAGUUGAGAGGAGCGGAAGUAGUCAGAUUUCGCAGGGCCGUAAAGCGAAUAGUGUUUUCACCUUCCGGGCAACGACAGCAGAUCCGACUGUCAGUGCCGGUUUUCUUCGUGCCGGACCCUUCCUAAUUCAAUUUCCUUCCCAUUCCGGGCCCUUCCCUAGCGUCGCCCCCUUCACCUUGGAUCAUGUUCAAGAAAUUUGAUGAAAAAGAAAAUGUGUCCAACUGCAUCCAGUUGAAAACCUCGGUUAUUAAGGGUAUUAAAAAUCAAUUGAUAGAGCAAUUUCCAGGUAUUGAGCCAUGGCUUAAUCAAAUCAUGCCUAAGAAAGAUCCUGUGAAAAUUGUCCGAUGCCAUGAACAUAUAGAAAUCCUAACAGUAAAUGGGGAAUUACUGUUUUUUAGACAAAGAGAAGGGCCUUUUUAUCCAACCUUGAGAUUACUUCAUAAAUAUCCUUUUAUCUUGCCACAUCAGCAGGUUGAUAAAGGAGCCAUCAAAUUUGUCCUCAGUGGAGCAAAUAUCAUGUGUCCUGGCUUAACUUCUCCUGGAGCUAAGCUUUAUCCUGCUGCUGUAGAUACUAUUGUUGCAAUCAUGGCAGAAGGAAAGCAGCAUGCUUUGUGUGUUGGCGUCAUGAAGAUGUCUGCAGAAGAUAUUGAGAAAGUCAACAAAGGAAUUGGCAUUGAAAAUAUCCAUUAUUUAAAUGAUGGGCUGUGGCAUAUGAAGACAUAUAAAUGAGCAUCAAGAGGAAUUUGCUUGGGCUAAAUAUGGAUAUUGUGCUAUAUCUGUGUUUGUGUCUGUGUGUGACAGCAUGAAGGCAAAGCCUCUGUGGUUAUGCUGAAUAAAUUCUGUGGAUGCUAAAAUUCUGUUAGCUUCAAAAUUAUUUUAACUUAAAUACAAAUUAUAAUUGGGUAGCAAACUUGGACAUUAAAAGGUACCUGGUAAGUAACUCAGCAGACAACUCAAUGUCCGAUUUAGGUUAAUGAUAUAAGAUUGGUAAAUGUAUUUGCCAGUUUUUGGUGGAUACCUAGAUAGUUUGUCUGGAAGCUAGAUUUGGAAUUUUGUUCCAUUAUUCAGAGGCACCCAGAAGUGUUCCCUUGUUUGUGUGUUUGUUGUUGUUUUAAAUUUCCCUAGGAAAUGUUCCAAACAUACUCUAA